CCUCCUCCACCACCUCUCCACCACAGUCACUGGUUACCCUGGAGGCACACAGACACCAGUCGCCGUGGUUCGUCCUCUGCGCCUCGGGUUCGCGCAGCGCACGAUCGAGACGCACACUGGAGGAGCGCGCGUCUGAGCCUUGGCGUUAAUUUUGGAUUCUUUUUCAGAGGGCGCAGACCUGUCUUUUCACCGACUAGAAUGAAAGCUCCUUCCAGGAGCCAACGAGGGCGCUAGACAUGUCUCACCAGCAGCGGCUCGUCCAACUGUCCGCCGCGUCGCUCGCCGUGAUCCUCGGCCGGGAGGAGAGCUCGCGCGCCGGCGGAGGGAACGCGCUCGCCGGCAACGGCGCGAGUGGCCAGGAGGUUUUCGCGGACUUCAAAGCGCAGAACUCUCGCAGUUUCUGGAAUAAGCGGCUGGUGAAGGCCAUCGCCGAAGUGCACUUCCAAGGAUGGAUGGAAAAUCUGGUGCUUUUCGUCCAAGGGAACGCAAACAACCUGGAGGUGCUGAGGGAAGCGUGGAUGCGCAGGGCGCUGAGGUCACCGAAGGGAUUCACCAUCAAAGCCGUCGGUGACCUGUCGCCGGUGCAGAUGUCCCCUGUGCCCCAGUCUCAGUUCAUUCCCUUGGCCGAAGUGUUGUGUUCGGUCAUCUCGGACAUGAACUCCUCCCAAAUCACCGUCAACCAGGAAGCACUUAUCAAUUACAUGAGCAAAGCCCACCCAGGGAUAACCAUCCCCACUCAGGACAUCCUCUACAACGCUCUCGGCACUCUGAUCAAGGAGCGCAAGAUUUACCAUACAGGCGAGGGCUACUUCAUCGUCACCCCUCAAACCUAUUUCAUCACUAACAACAUGGUGCGCGAGAAGAAUUGGUGGACUUCUGGCUCGGCCGAUGACCCUCCCUCUCCUCCUCCCAUUACUUACUUGUUGAGCAAUGAGGCCUGUGUUGAGGGCACUCAAUCACUCCCGGUGGCACACUGCAAGUCUUGCAGCUGCUUCAGCCCCCUCCAAACAUCCACCAAUGUCACCUCCACUAAUGCAACAGCCACCAUCUCUCCCCCCACUGUCCCAGACCAACAUUCUGUCUCUGUUUCCAUAAGUGAAUGCACAGGUAAAAGCCUGAAGUGGCCCCGCCCGUUAGACCACAAACCCACCGUGCAGCACCAGUCCACCUCCACGGCAGCAGACUGUCAGGCGAGUGAGAUUAGCAAAAAUACAGCCUCUACUAACGCCACUGGUCGCAAAGACAAAGACAACAAGCCGGGGAGGAAGUUUGGUCUCAGUUUGUUCCGGAGGAAUGGAGGGAAAAAAGAGAAGCCGAAGAAAGAGUACGCAUCGUUUUCAGCCCAGUUUCCUCCGGAGGAGUGGCCGGUUCGAGACGAGGACGACCUGAACAACUUGCCGCGUGACCUAGAGCACGCCAUCAUUAAACGCAUCAACCCUGAACUGACGGUGGACAAUUUGACGCGCCACACGGUCCUAAUGAAGAAGCUGGAGGAGAGGAGAGACAGGGGGUUGGACAGAGUGUUGGACAGGGGUCUGGACAAAGACGACAAGGGAGUAGACAAGGGAAUGUCUACUGAGAUCCUAGCAUUCUCCAAACCCAGGCAUCACCACUCCUCCAAGGCAGGGGCGGGAAGAAGAUCCUCUCUGAAGGCUUCUCGCAGCAAGAGGAGGGCCCAUUCGUCCAGAGAGAAGCAAAGGGAAAGGGAGAAGGAGAGGGUUAAGAGUAAGGUUCCCAUAUGUGCGGACAAUUAUCCAGAGGGGGACGAUUUGAUCCCUACUCGGCUCAGAGUGGAAAUCCCCGUUGAUGAACCAGAUCAAGUGGAGGAAGGUGGAGCUGUUGAGGGAAAAGCUCUUUAUAAGAAACGCAUUGAAAACCCUUUCCAGGCUCAGCCAAUCAAAGUCCCGGCUGAUGCCGUCAUUCCUGCCGCCAACAGAGAGCAUAGAAGGCCUCGGGAGGUGAAAGAGGGCAAGGCUUCGGGGCCUGGCAGGAAGGAACGAAUAAGUCAGCGCUCGAAGUCGUGGGACCCACACCGGGCCAAAGUGAACGCAACGGACGCCGCGCAUGCAGCGAAGUCCCCUACGUCCGACGACAGGUACGACUAUGUGCACGAGCAGGACCUCACUGUUGAUCGUCUGCACCAAGCAGACACAAAGCUCAACGGGGAGCUCCCACUGGACUACGGCCCAGCCUACCCACAGAGCAGUACGCUCCGGAUCGAUGACAAGGUGCGACGUCAGAGGGAGGUAAAAGGCAAGAUGAGCUGGGAGAGAGACGGCAAAAACGCACCUUUCCGGGAGGUAGAGUACAACAGUGUGCUAGACCACGGCCGAGCUAUAGACGAUGGCCACUCAAGCCUCCAUCAGUACUCGAAUACUAACGCAAGUCUCCCCACGGUUCCCUAUGAGCCUGUUGUAAACCACUCAUGUGAUAGAACUCUGCCCUGGCUGCCCGAGCUCUCUGUGCAACGGAAACACUCCCUUCGACUCUCCGACCCACAAAGGGAAGACACACAGAGGCCCGACGAGCGCUUUUCACCUCAGCAGGCUUGUGAUACUUCAGCGUCCCAGGGACAACAGGAGAUCAGACCUGCCAAAAUCAAUAACAGAGUGCAAAGGGCCACGAGCCAGGGAGAAAGGUCGGAGUUGAUAGCUGACAGCGCUCCCUCGGUUACAGACACUGGCGGACUAAUAGAGGACGACUACAGGCUCUAUCAGAGAGCCGACGAGCAGGAGGAUGAGGACGCCUGCAGCUCCUUGUGUCUGAACGAGGAGGAGAUUGUCCAUGCUGCAAAUGUGUACCGAACGAGUGCAGCGGACUACCGCGGUCACCAGCCGGUUUACCACAACCGUGAAUCUGAUUUGCAAUAUCAGGGACCUCACAGUCACUAUUACGAAUCCAACUUUCAGCCACCACAAGAUUCGGGGGACAGCACUUUGAAAGAUCUCAUCGGCCCAACAACCCGGAGGGUGGGUUCCCUCAGCCCCGCCAGAGCUGCCGAGACCAGCUGGAGACUCCAUCAUCACCGUCAGAGGGCCAGAUCACCAGCGGCCCAAAGCGAGUCCAGCCCCAGGCAGGGCACAUCGAACCAGGGGGAAAGGCCCCAUGAGAGCAGUCUCGACUCGGAGUGUCCAGAAACAUCGGAAGUUGCCGACAGCAGCAUCUUCGACUACUGCCAGACCAGUGAGAUAGAAUCAGACUCGGAGACCGUCCGCAAGUCCGCCGAUGAGGGCGACGGUGAAUCGGCUCACUGGAGAGCCGAGGGGGAGGAAGAGCAGGAGGACGAGUUUGACGCGACGGGGGUUCCUCAGGCUCACAGAGCCGCCCCGCUGGGCAUGGCCAGAAGGGCAGAGAUCGGGGAGGCAGUGGAAAUGGGAGAAAACCAGAGCGUCACAGGAGACAGUGGUAUCGACUCUCCUCGGACCCGCGUCAGCCUGGCCUCCAGCAACACUGUCAUUCUGGAGGGUCUCAAGAGAAGAGGCUUUUUGCAAAACCUGGAGAAACUGCACUCGAAGAGCAGCACCAUUCGCCCACAGAGCUCCCUGCUGCAGCUCACUCCCGUCAUGAACGUAUAGCAGCAGGUCAAUGUCCCCUGCUGAGGCUUUGCGUUGGAACCGAGAUAUCUCUUCACGCAGCCCAUAAAAGGCCAAAGCCGAAAGUUCAGUUCUAUGCAACCGCUACAGUCAGAAACAUACCCAAUGAAAAAGGGUUUGCACGUUGUUGCCUACCUCCGCAUAGAGCCCUACCAAAGGGGGGUCUGUGUACAGAUGUACAGUACAUAUAUAUAUAUAUUUUCUUUUUGUAAAUAAUUUUAAAUGUAAUGUAUAACCUUGUAUGUGCUGUUAAACGCGUGGUGUAUCGGCUGCAUUUAUUGUGAUGUAAAUGUUGUCUUAAAAAUGUUCAUAGCAGCAAUGACAUAGAAUUCACCACAGAAUUGUGUGUAUUAGCCAAGGUUUUUUUUUUUCUUGCCAUGAUAUUGCUCCGUGUAAAAAAAAAUAAAAACAUGUAUCCUCCACA